GGACACCUGCAGAGCCCGGCGCUAGCCCGGGAUGCUGCUGACACCUCUCCCCUGCUCUUGCCUUCAGGCCACGGAGAGUGUCACUGCGGGGAGUGCAAGUGCCACGCCGGUUACAUCGGGGACAACUGCAACUGCUCCACCAAGACGGACAGCUGUGUUUCCAGUGACGGGCAGAUGUGCAGCGGCAGAGGCACCUGCAUCUGUGGGAAGUGUCAGUGCACCGAGCCGGGGGCUUUUGGAGAGACGUGUGAGAAGUGUCCCACCUGCCCGGGUGUCUGUAGCACUAAAAGGGACUGCAUUGAAUGCAAGCUGUUUAACUCAGGAAGACUGGCUGAUAACCAAACCUGCCAAAAGCACUGCAAGGAUGAGAUCAUCACCACCGUGGAUGUUCUCGAAACGGAUGACCCAAACGCAAUCCUCUGUGCCUACCCGGUGAACAACUGCGUCAUGAAGUUCACCUACUCGGAGCUUGCCAGUGGGAAAUCCAACCUCACCGUCCUCAAAGAGCCAGCGUGCAGCUCAGCCCCCAGCACUGUGACGAUCGUGCUGGCAGUGAUCGGCAGCGUGGUGUUCAUCGGCAUCCUCCUGCUGGCGCUCUGGAAGCUUCUCGUCACCAUUCAUGACAGACGGGAGUUCGACCGAUUCCAGAGCGAACGCUCCCGGGCCAGAUACGAAAUGGCAUCUAAUCCUCUCUACCGAAAGCCUAUUUCCACACAUAAUGUAGAGUUCACGUUCAACAAGCUCAACAAGUCUUACAACGGUACAGUUGACUGAUGGGGUCUCAGUACCCGGGACUGCGGUGGACAAUUGCUUGACUGUAUGUGCUGCUUCCCCACUUGAAGAUGGGAUCCUCUUCAGGGGUGAGAAUCCCUUACGACAGGACUGGUCGAUGACCAAAGCCUGUUACUUGCACAGUAAGGAGAAAAGUCCGGUUCAUUCUGGAGGCACGGACGCGGAGGCAGGCUCCCUGCCUGUGCUGAGGGACUCCGAGCCAUGUGUGACUCCACACCCCAGCUUUCUGGAUGUAUUAAACCUGCCAACUAAAUCAACCAGGUGCCAUAUUGCAGCUUUAGACAUAUCCCAUUAGAAAGGGUAACUAGUUCAAAAUCAGGGGAACCCAUGCCAUUGCAAGUUGUUGGGGGAGGGAGGGGGGAAUUAGCUUAAAAAGAUGAGGGUGUUGGAAGCAUUUGUGUAAGAAAUUAGGAAACAAGAUUUCUGCAGCCUUUAGGGAUUUUUUUUAUAUAAAAAACCAAAAUAAAACUAUUGUGCAUA